AUGGCGUUGACACCUUGCGAUACUAACAGUAGUAGUAGCAGUAGUUCCUGGAAUCAAAAUAACAAUAUCGAUUUCUCCUUGCUGGCAGAGUAUAUUAUGGAGCGUGCAUUCACUUUGAAAUCGUUGACACUGAGUGUCAACACUAGUUGUAGAGACAACAACCAAUCGCAUAUCGUUCAUUUCUACAAUGAUAUACUGUCUUCGAAGCCAUUACUCUCCAGACUUGAACAUCUAAAGACACUGUUCCUCAAUUGGGACUAUCAAUACCAGUCGUUUAACGCCAGCAAAGCAUCGGACUUUGGAACUGGCACAAAACGAUCUACAUCUCCCAAACUCUUAUCCUCCGAGCUACUCUCCUAUCUCUCAACUAACAACACACUCACCAGACUAGGAUCGUUCAUCCCAGUUUCAAACCAAAUAGUCGACUCUGGUGUUUUAUCCAAGUCCAACAUCAAGCUUCUCUCAAUAUCACUCAACGAAUCAAGUUUCGACUACCAAGAUAACAAUCAUCAUCACAAUAACAAUCCACUUCAAUUCAAUAAUAAUCUUGAAAGAUUAUCAAUUGAAUUCGAUAUACAGCUAUCAACAACAGCGACAACAACAACAACAACAACAAUGGAGUCAACUUCUUCUUCUUCUUCUUGUUGCUCACCUUUAGAAAUAAUAUUAGAUCCUCUUAUUCAAUCAAAUUGGUUACAUUCAUUGAAGAAUCUGACUCAUUUGGAGUUGCAAUAUCCACCUCCAAGUAUUCUAUCGGAAGUGGCGACAGCUCUGUUAAACUCUUUACAAAAGAUAAUAUUAAUAUUUUAA